UGCACAGGUGGAGCUGUGUUGCCAAGCAGCAAAUGCUCCUUUCAGGAGAGGUUGCCCUGGAUUUGUUGCAACUAUCCGGCUAUAUAGCAUGAAACGCAUGCUGUCGGCAUAUGUUUUGGUUGUUUUUAAUUUAAAAUAAUGAUUAGACUGCAGCAGCAGCUGCAGGAAGAGUCCGUGGUUGCACCCACCUGAAGAUUUCUGAGACAAUUCCCAUCAUACCAGCGGCGGCAGCGCAGCACUUGGAAACGCUGAAUCAAUCUGAGAGAGAGAGAAAGAGAGAGAAGAAGAGAGAGAGAGAAUCAGCGUCGGCGGCAUCUCUGCAGUGGAAUACGCGGUUAUUUGAGGAAAGCUUGGAGCGACGUUGCGUUUUUAGGACUCUAUGAAGGCAUUACGAGAUUUUUCAAAAAUGUAACUCCUGGGCUCUUCUCACUUCACAAAACGCCUCACUCAAAUCUCCUGACAGCCCAAGGAAAAAAAAAAGAGUAGCAUCUGUUUAUCUGCAUACUUCUAUGUUCAAGAAACAGGAGGAGAAAACAGAGACUGACAGAGGACAAAUGAGAUCUCAGAGGAUGUGGAAUUAGAGGGAACAAAUUGAUACCGGAGGACCGAAGGGAAAGUGAACCACAAAUCCACCGACGUGGAGCCACCUCACCUGUAUCUCCGGAUUAAAGAGCAGGGUCAUGUCCCAGUUGCCAUGCGCAUUGCCACGCUGACCUGCCUUUCCGGCCCUUCCCCCUUCCUCUUUCUAUUGGUCCAUCUGCUCCUGCGGCUCCUUCUCAUCCUCCACGGGCCGCAGUUAGCGGGAGCCGCCUCCACCUGCCCUUCCCUCUGCACGUGCUCCAACCAGGCCAGCCGGGUCAUCUGCACCAGGCAGAACCUGGAGCAGGUGCCCGAAAGCAUAUCAGUCAACACGCGUUACCUCAACCUGCAGGAGAACUCGAUACAGGUCAUCAAAUCCGACACCUUCAAGCAGCUGAGGCACCUUGAAAUCCUCCAGCUUUCCAAGAAUCAGAUACGCCAGAUUGAAAUCGGGGCAUUCAAUGGCCUCCCUAACCUCAACACGCUGGAGCUCUUUGACAACCGCCUCACGUUGGUGCCAACACAGGCCUUUGAUUACCUCAGCAAGCUACGGGAGCUGUGGCUGCGCAACAACCCCAUUGAGACCCUCCCGAGCUAUGCCUUCAACCGCGUGCCCUCCCUGCGUCGCUUGGACCUGGGGGAGCUCAAAAAGUUGGAAUACAUCUCUGAUGCGGCCUUCGUGGGCCUCGUCAAUCUACGGUACCUGAAUCUGGGCAUGUGUGGGCUCAAAGACAUUCCCAAGCUGACGCCUCUCGUGCGUUUGGAAGAGCUAGAGUUGUCGGGGAACCGUCUGGAUAUCAUUCGUCCGGGAUCCUUCCAGGGACUGGUGUCUCUUCGGAAGCUGUGGCUUAUGCACUCGCAGGUUUCCGCCAUUGAGCGCAAUGCCUUUGACGACCUGAAAAACCUGGAAGAGCUUAAUCUGUCCCAUAACUCACUGCGCUCCCUGCCUCAUGAUCUUUUCACACCCCUUCACCAGCUGGAGAGGGUACAUCUCAAUCAUAAUCCCUGGGCCUGCAACUGUGAUGUACUUUGGCUUAGUUGGUGGUUGAAGGAGACGGUGCCCAGCAACACCACCUGCUGUGCCCGAUGCCAUGCUCCGCCACUACUCAAGGGCAAGUACAUUGGGGAACUUGACCAGAGCCACUUCACCUGCUUUGCUCCUGUCAUUGUAGAGCCCCCUACCGACCUCAAUGUCACCGAAGGGAUGGCUGCUGAGCUGAAGUGUCGCACAAGUACCUCUACAACAUCAGUUAACUGGAUUACGCCCAACGGCACGCUGAUGACUCAUGGGUCUUACCGGGUGAGGAUAUCCGUUCUUCACGAUGGCACACUGAACUUCACAAACGUCACCCUGAGGGAUACGGGCCAGUACACCUGCAUGGUCACCAACGCUGCUGGAAACACCACAGCUACCGCUGUUCUUAACGUAUCUGCUGCUGAUGCCAGUGUCAACUACACCUAUUUCACCACCGUUACUGUGGAAACGGAUAACGGAGGAGCUCAUGAUUAUGCACAGGUUGGCAUUGAGGAGGCCAGCAUUCCCAUUCCUUCGGACCUGUUGCCAGAAGUGGUUCCUACCACCGCCUCCUCUCUGGCUGGCGGCUGGUCGGCCUCCUCUCCCCGGACAACUCAACCCACGUUCACUGUGCCGUUCACGGAGCCGGGAUUCUCUGGCCUGGACGAUGUGAUGAAGACCACCAAGAUCAUCAUUGGCUGCUUCGUAGCCAUCACCUUCAUGGCAGCAGUGAUGCUGGUGGUGUUCUACAAGCUGAGGAAGCAGCAUCAGCUGCACAAACACCACGGCCCCGCUCGCGCCAUUGAGAUCAUCAACGUGGAGGACGAGCUGGGACCUGGGGCAAGUGGCCGGGGCAGCGGUAUCUCCGGAGGAUCAACUGUGACACAAAGCUCGGGCGGUGGAAUAGGCGGGAGCCAGAGUCUUCGGUUGCACCACCCGGAGAUUGUGAACCUACCUAACCUGGCACGAUCGGAUCACCUUAACCACUACUACAAAACACAUCACUUCAACAGCAACAUGAUGGGCCUGGGAAUGGGCACAGGGUCAGGAGUGGGCCUCAACAACAACAACAACCCUUCGCCGUGCUCUCAGUCGCAGAGCAUAUCCUGCUCCCAGGUCCCUUCCAGCACCGGUGGGGGGACGUCCACUGGUGGCACCCUGCCCUCCACCGUAGCCCUGCCUCAGCUGGGUCUACAUAGCUCUCUGAAAGGCCUGAUGGGAAAAGGUCAGAACGAGCCGCUGCUUUUUAAGAGUGGCUCAAAGGAAAAUGUGCAAGAGACUCAAAUCUAAACAGGUUUGAGGUAAGACAGAGUAGAUGUUAAAGAGAGACCAUUUGAGAGUGAUUGUAGCCCAAUGUCGUUAUGGACAAUCUUUAGACAGGCUCUACAUAACCUUUAUUUUGUGGUGGCCCUUUGUUAACAGAUAGUAAGACAAAAGGAGACAGUAGACCAGUCCCACAAACAGCAUUUGCACAGUCCCAAAUGUCAGAAUUACUCAUUGUGUGCAGCGUGAUACGGUCUUUGCCAAAGCUCGAGAUCAAGCCUUUUCUCUCGGCGGACAGAUGUGAACAAUGUAGUGAGCCCUUCAAGGAUGUAUACAGAUUGCUUCAUACAUUUCCAGAUGCAUUCAGUGUAUAUAUUUGGAGGGAGACGUGAUAUUGGCCAUUGAGCACAUUGUCAGAUUAGUGUUUGACAAAGCCAGGGAAUAACAAACAAUGAUUUGUGCGAGCGCGCAGUCCCAGGUUUUCAGAGGAAGCGAAAUGAGAGCAGAGCAGCAAAGGCCGCUUGGAAUAUCGGAGGAACAAAAAGUGGUUUUGCUCUUCGCUUUAUCACUUCUUUUCAAUUUUACACCUUACUGGUUACUGUCUUCUUUGGGAGAGGGGGAAUAUCAUGAAGGAAUAAAGGACAAGAUUAAGGAGAUAUGAAAAAAAACUGAAGUUACAUAUUAUAUAUACCGUAAAUAUAUUUUCAUUCAAAUAAAUAAAUUAUGAAAAGUCUUUAUCAAACAAAUGAGUGACCACGACGACGACUCAAAGAUAUAUAUAUUUAAAAAAAUAAAAUGGAAAAACAUGCCCUGUCGUUUUAGUGGAACAACCUGGUUACUACUUUUCCGAACUGCUUUUCCUCUGGAUAAACGUGAAACAGCGGCGUUACACGCAAACCUGGCAAAAACAACAACAAAAAAACAGAAAUUAUUUUGGUGUCGACUCUUUUUUUGCAGCCGUUUUCCCUCCCGCCUACAGAAACAGGGUCUUUUGAUAAUGCAGAUGUUCUGCUCUCUGCUGCAAAACCACAAACACAUCAAACAUGGUGGCACUAAUAAUAAUUAUGACGGUAACAAUGAUAACAAAUUUAGCUUUAUUUGUCAUAAAUGCAUUUAAAAUGGUGGAACAUUGAAAUAAUUGGACAUGCUAAUGACAUUAAUGUUACUGUGCUAUCAUUAUUGCUCACCUGAGUAUUAUUGUUACUGCUGGAGCCCACAGGUGACGGAGAAGAAACAUUUUUUUCAUUUGUACAUGACGCUGACCUCAUUGGGCAGAUUUAAGAGAACUCAUCAGCAGGAAUUGACCCGGCUCAUAAAAUGGCUUCCUCGACCCCGGUUGACCCCGUCCGAUGGGACCCUCACGCUGUCUGACAUUACGGACGAAGACUGCACCUUUUUGCAGAGUGGAUUUGAUGGCAGCAGGGGGUGAAAAUGGAUGGACAUUUUUUUAAAAAGGUAAGAGACGCUGGUCUGCUGGAGGCUGAGUUGCAUUUGGUGCAGAAGUCAAUGGAGGGUGAAUUUUUUUCUAAAGAAAAAGGACAACUAAAUGACAAAAAAAUAGAAUCUUAUAGAUCUAUUUAAAAAAAAUGAAACAAAAUUAUUAUAAGUGUUUUUCAUUUUUGGUUUUUAUCUAGUUUGAUUUGAUUUGAUUUUUUAAAUCACGUGUUAUCUUUAUUGUAAUAUUGUUAUUAUUAUUAGCUGAUUACGCUGAAAGAUGUUCUGUUAGCAGAGGUCACUUUGAAAAAUUAAAAAAACUUGGCACAUAAAAAAAAAGGCAGUUGAAGUUUGUGAAAAUUCGGUGGCUGUUUCCUUUAAUUAUUUUAUUUUUUCGUCACCCUCUGAUCAACUAUAGUCGUCGUAUCACGGUUUGUACCUGUAGCGAAUGUGAUUAUUUUUUAUUUAGGUUUUUUUCCUGUUUACAUUUUAUUUCUGCACAGAGGGACAGGAAAAAAAAAAAAGGCUCGCCGUGCAUAUUCGUGAAUGUCAUCGCUGACCGUUGUGCUCAGAGUGUGAUUCUGCUAUGUCAACGCCUCGUUGCCGUGACAACGCACUAAUGCGCCAACCGGCGUCUGCCCCCCGGUUCACCCACUUGUUUGUCGCGCUCCUCUGAAAGGCGCCGCGUCUCGGGGAGCCGGCCCGCGUUCCUUCAGUGGCAGCAAAUCAACCUAAGCAUUAGAGCCAUGUCCUCAUGCUAAACACCCUCCGCUCUUCCUCUUCCUCCCUCUCGUCCUCCUCAUCCUCCGCCCCAACCCUCAGCAUCCUGCCAUCAGGUUUCCCUGGCAACUGUUGCUGCUGCGACAGCCCCUUAUCACAGCGUCUUGAUUUGGGUUUUGAAUGCUAAGCAGACGAGAGCAGACAGUUUAGAACUUCAUGUUUUGUAAGUACACAGUGAUUACCAUUUCACACCAAUAUAUUUUAGCAAGCUGCUAACUCUUGUACAUUUACUUGAAGAUGUAGCUGCAAUACUGCAUUAGCUGCGUUAAAGUCACACCCAGGUGGAAAAACUGAAUGGUAUAAACUAAAAUCUGCAGACAAGUUCAGUUUAGACAAAGAAAUCUUGAAAAUAUCAUCUGCUAAAUCUUUACUUCUUGUCACUUGAGCAUCACAUUUAUUUUCAUAAAUGCUUAAGGCUCCAAUUGCACAAAGCUAGCUGCGCUAACCCUAAAGCACAAGUCAUAAAUAUUAGUUCUGCUAAAGAGCUGUACCAACAUGGUAUUUAGCAGAAGCUAAUGCUAAAGCACUAAUCAUAAAUAUUAGUCUAGCUAAUGCUAUAGCACAAUACCAAUAGCAGUAGUAGGUAGCAGUAGCUAAUGCUAUGACAUUAAUCAUAAGCAUUGGUUUCACUAGCUUAAGCACUAUACCAUCUUAGUAUUUAGAACAAGCUAAUGCUAAAGCACCGCUAAACAUUAUUUCCACUAGCUUAAGUGCUUUAUAAAACCAUGGUUUUUAGCAGAAGCCAAUGCUAAAAUGCCAAACUCAGCUGUGGUGAUACCCAUCUUGUGUCAAUGUCACGUUUUGAAAUGCAGUUAUGUCGCCCACAACAGGAUCAAAUUAGUUAUUUCAUACCGACCUGUGCGGUUGCACUUCAGGAAGUGAUUCUUUGGAAGUUAUGGUUUCAGUUUUAUAGUUGUUGAGAGUUGCUAAAUGUAGCAGUAGCAGAACAUUAAUAGAUUUUUAAACCAUUUACUGAAGAGCUACAGCGAUGCAUUCUGGGUACAGAAUAAAUAUCCAAGCUUCUUCAUAUGUUUGAUAACCAGAGGUGGGAAGAGAAGCCAAAAAUAGUACUCAAGAGGAGUAAACAUAUUUUUACUCAAGUAAAAGUAAAAAGUAUUUGGUAAAAGGUUUACUCAAGUACUGAGUAUCUGAUC